UCUGCUUUGCACACACCGUUCCUGUGUUAGACUGUGUCUGUCUGAACAUGAUGCGGACUGUGUUUUUUUGCGGCAGCAUCUUGCCUUUUCACCUUUUCCUGUGUGUUUAUUCUGCGCCGGUGCACGAGCGGAGAGUCAGCAGGUACAAGCAGCUGCAGGAAUGGCCUCAAAGCAACGGCCAUGUUGGUCUGAAGAAGAGAGGAAGACACGAACAGGACACACUAAACAAAGACUACCAUAUGAAGCCUGCACUGGCAUCCAAAAAUGACACAGAGUUCUGGAAUCGUCCUCGCUGUGGAGUCCCAGACUAUCCCACCUUAAUGCAGUUUGACCUGUCAUACUUUAACCUGAAGAAGAAGAAGGGAGGCCUGAGUAGACAGCAGCGCAGGAAGAGAUUUGCGCUGUUCGGAGGGCGCUGGGAGAAGACUGACCUCACUUACAGGAUCGUGCGUUUCCCCUGGCAGAUGAGUGAGGGUAAAGUGAGGCGUGUCUUCCAGGAGGCGUUUGGCGUGUGGAGUGCAGUGACUCCUCUGACGUUCAGAGAGGUCACCUCUGAGAAAGCUGACAUCAUCAUUGACUUCAGCAGGUACUGGCAUGAUGAUAACUUACCGUUUGAUGGUCCUGGAGGAAUCCUCGCCCACGCCUUUUUCCCCAGGACGCACCGACAGGGCGAGGUGCACUUUGACUAUGAUGAGCAUUGGACAGUGGGCAACAGUGUGGGCACCGACCUCUCCCAAGUGGCAGCUCAUGAGUUUGGCCACGUCCUAGGCCUGCAGCAUUCCCUGGAGCCUGACGCUGUGAUGUGUCCUUUCUAUAGCGACUCCUACCCUGUGCAGCUCAGCGAGGAUGAUAAGAGGGGCAUCCAGUAUCUGUACGGCCCCCCUCGGCAUGCACCGCCUGAGAUAACGGAGACCAAUGAGAUUGACAUUGGAAUGCCGGACGCCUGCAGAACAAACUUCGAUGCCGUGUCCAUGAUCAGGGGAGAGCUGUUCUUCUUUAAGUCUCGCUAUGUUUGGCGUAUCCGUGACGGGCAGCUCCAAGCCGGAUAUCCAGCCUUGGCUUCACGUCACUGGAGAGGUAUCCCUGAACGCAUCGAUGCCGCGUACGAAGACAAGUCAGGCAACAUCUGGUUCUUUCAAGGUGACAGGUACUGGGUGUUUGAUGCUGAGAGGAAGAUAACUGGACCAGAUUCGGUGCGGCAGCUGGGUCUUCCUGUGGCAGAUAUCCAAGCAGCUCUGAAGUGGGACGAGGGCCGCGUGGACAAAGUCUACCUCUUCAAGUCCUCUUCGUACUGGCCCUUCAACCCUCAGGAGAACCGACUGGAGGAUUUCCAUCCUCGCAGCAUGUACAAGUGGGAAGGAGUGCCCAGCCACAUCGAUGCAGCCUUUCAAGACAGAUAUGGCUAUGCAAAUUUCCUGAGUGGGCUGCACUACUGGAAGUUUGACCCUGUGGCGCUGAAGGUGCUGGAAGGCUACCCCCGCAGCAUCGGCAGGGAUUUCUUUGGCUGUUCUGUUUAAAUAAGUCCACAAACACACAUCUGCUAAACUCGUGAAGAGCAGGGGUGGAUUUUUCAGCUUAAUUCACCAUACAGAACAUUCAGGCUAUUCUGGAAAUUUACCUAAAGUUGAUAAAUCAAAACCCAUGUAAAUACAUCAAAGUCUUGUCAAAAGCACUGCCUGCUGCAACCACAUUAUUAUAUUUUUUAAAACAAAAAUUAAUUCAAAAUAUACACAUACAUUUACAGUGAGUUUAAGUUGGCAGUUACAGUCAGUACAGUCAGCAUCUGCUUACUUUUGCAGAAAGGAUUUUGUCAGUUUAAGAUAAGAACACAUGGGGAGACAGCUGGUUCAAACUGUGGAUGGCAGAAAAACUGAGUUCUGAUAAAGCUUCACCUUCAGACUUUGGUUUGGUCCCACUGUUAAAAAGCAUCUCCACUUCAGAUCUCAGAGGAGCAGUGCUGCAGCCCUUGAGGGUCCAAGCUGCACACCACGGUUCAUUCAACACCAACAAACAACAAAAUGGAUGAUGGAUCACUAUGUUCCCAGUGUCUUUUAACCAGACAUGGGUGUUUUUGAGCAACCUGAUGCUGAUUUCUCGCGGGGAUAGUGCCACAAAAGUUGCUGUGUUACCAACUUGAAUAGUGGUAUGAUAAGCAGGUAUUUUAGGCAUUUUUUUCUGUUGAAACAUACAGACAGUUUCAUCAUAUCUGUUACAUCAUAAUGUACAAAUGUUAUGUAUCCCUGGUUUGCAGAAACGUAUCAUGCCAACAUUUUCUGAUGAUUGGGGUGCAAGUAUGUCUGGGGCGAAAGAAGAACAAGACUAAUCAAACAACUCCUUGUUUACUAGCAGGAUUGACACAUGCAUGAUUUAGAUCCAAGGAACCAGACCAAAUGAUGAGUCUGACCAGGUUUAAGAUUUAAACAUGAUUAUAUCUGUUUGGAAUGACUGCACCUGUAGACGUGGCCAAAAAGUCUCCCAUCUCCUGACUGCACCGAGCUUUCAACACCGUGAGCCAAGAUCACAGCGUUUUCCAGAGAUUCUCUGGUUGUUGGCAUUCACAUACCAAACCCCAGGCAAGUUCUGAUGUAAUCAAUAUAAUCAAUUAUAACCACUGUAUAUUAAUUGUUGAAAUAAUUACUAGACAGCAAAAUUAAUUACUUAUAUUUUGCUUUAGAGUUCUUUAGUUUCUCAGUGUAGCACCAUCAAAGGUGUUUUUAACACCUCCAAAGCCUCCAGACCACAACUUACAUCUUCUGUAUGAGCACAAACAGAAAACAAGACAUUGCAAUUAAAGCCAGCCAACUGUUGAAGGUAUAUUUACUGACCAUCAGCUGCAAGCUCAGCCCUGAUGACUGCACACAGCACCACAGGGGUCCUGCUCUCUGUGGGGUUCACACACCCUCCAAUUCUGACCCCAGAUGAUUCCUGUGUGCUUAUUAGUGCCAGUCCAGGAAGAACAAGAGCAAGAACACACAAUGUCAAUAUGAGACAAUUUCCCCUCUUUCAUGGCGGUUAAUCUCCUCCCCGGCACCAAGUCAGCACAUGCCGGACCUGUCGCUUCACUGAACACACACACACCAAACACACAUCAGCCCUCCAUCAACUCACCUAACAAGUCGACACGCUUAGUAACCGUGAUGUCAUAACUGAAUUUCACAGUCAUUUCUUUCACGACUCGUUAGUGAAAAAGUCAUCUCACUACUGUGCAUGUUGCAUAAAGUAAUGCUUUUUUUGCCUGUCACUGCUGAGGACGACAUAUCGAAACAUCAAAUUUCAUAACUGCCACCACGCAACUGUUAGACAUAAAGUCCGAAUCUGAAAUCUUGCCUAAAAUAAUAUUAUUACUAUUACUUUUCAAUGUCCAUGAAUAUUUGUCAAAUAACUGUGAACAAAGCUGCAAAAUCUGUACACAAAAACUACACAGGUGUCCUAUCAGACAUUAAGGAUGGAGGCUUUAUCCCCAGAACGCCAUUUAACCAAUGUGGCAUCACAAGCACAAGCAACUAGCUUUGGCUGCACACUGCUUCCUGCACAGUAAAGGCAGAGAUCAAACCAUAAAACUGAGCAGCGCUGAUCAGAUUAUAAAUUAAGUCUCUGUUACUGAGUUGCAGGUUUCUAACAUCAAAUGUUCUCUGAGACAUGUUUUAGCUCACUGCCAUUGUAGCCGCCAUUGUGCCGAAAAGAUGAGGUCACAUUAUGUCACCCACCAGCAGGAGCAUUUAUUGGUCUGAUGCAUUCUGGUAGUUGUAGGUUUUUGGAGCCAAAGCCAAUGCCACAGGCCUCUCUCUGUUUUCUCCAGUCAUGUAGCACCAGUUUCAAAAGUAUUUGCAUCUCUCUACUGCAGAGACAGACCAGUUUUAUGUGAGGACCCUCUUUAUAUCGGUGAAAUACUUCUGUAAGAUUUUGGAGGUGUGUAAUUGGUUCCUCUCGGACCUAUGACUACCCAUAAAACCCCUGACUGCCUGGGUUCACAGAGACAAUAGGAGGGUUUCCAUUACAGAUUUGUACAAAACGUAAAUGAUAUUUUUGAAAUGUUGAUAAAACACAAUC